CUCAAAUCUAUAUGGAGUAAUAAUUAGAAAAUCAGGACAUUUUUACAUUCAAAAUCUUUUUUUUUUUCUAAUAGAAAAUCAGGAGGAACAAUGUGAGUGCCUGUGUGAGAUAUCUACUCCAAACCUGAAUUCCCAGUGAGGAACAAUGGCAGACAUUCCUCAUUACUUGAAUCCCCCCACAGAUUGGUGGUAUAAAGAUUUCAGGUUUAUCAGGGAUUGGUUCUGGUCCAUGGAAAACUGUCUUCCAGACAGACCUUUACCCGACAGUAUAAACUUUGUCGAAGAAGACCUCUUCCCAAACAGGUUGAAGAAUAUAUACGAGAUCGUUCCCGAUUCGCUCACCACGGAGUAUGGGCCGGACCGUGAAUAUUUCAUGUAUUCUCUUUGGGGCAGGAAAUACGACGUAUUCAGACCAUUUGAUCCCCAUCAAAGGGUCGACUGUAGGUAUCCACAGAGGAAUGUUGAGGAACCACUGCAGGUAACCACCACUCACAGAGGGCGGCAGCGGUGGUACGGUUAAGGAAGCGAUGAAGUCAACAAUGGAUGCGGUGGCGGAGUUACACUGGAGUACCGGACUCUAGGAGAUUUGUGUUCGAUUGUGAAUGGGCAAUGGCGGCUUCGUAAUGUCAAUCAUCAAACCCGAAUUCGAUUCGUCGAAAGCGGUGGCGGACCCGUUCGGCUGCUUACUCCCCGAUCUGCGAGUGUGCAAGUUCCACGGCCUGGUGAUUUCAGAUGGACCCAUUGCCGAAAUAGUAUCUGGGUCAGUCAUCGUACCCGGCAGCAACCGUUCCUCGCAAAAUCGCGUCCUUCAUCUGAACCGUCGUCGCCUGGAAAUUACCCAGCGCUUUCUUCCUUACAGUGGCAAUCCUUCUACUUCGAUCGGUAAUUCCCGGCCACCAUUCGUCAGCCCAUUUUUUAGAUCACCCACCCCAGAACUGCCUCACCUGAUCCGGGACGCUGCAACCCAGAAUCACUUUCCGACCUAUGCUUCCCAAUUCAAGCAAUAUCUCUGACGACAGAGUAUUGAAUAUCCGGUGAACGGCGGAGAUUUGGCCCAUAAAAUCAGGCUUGCCGCACCAGAGUUUCUGGUUUCCCCAGUUCAAACGUAACCACUGGGAGGCGUGAAAUUAUGAAGCGGCAGAUUCGAUCUUUGUUUGGGUAACUUCGGAUUUGGGAAUGAAUUCGCCUCGCCGGGAGCCUCUUAACCGACAUGAUGUAUCCGUUUUCAAAUUAAUACAUGCGUCUCUUGAAAUUUAUAAUUGAUGACAUCAUCAUGACAACUAAGUGACUUGGGCGAUUGGGUUUUGUGCAAGGUACCUUUCAGACUGCCCGCCCAACUACCAGCAUCCACAAGCCGAACAAAGUGCUCCUGAAUUCGAUGCCAGAGAAGUAGCAUCUCCUAGACCAGAACAUAAUGCUGGGAGGAAGAGGGGGAGGGAGGAGGAAGAAGAAGAUUGAAUGGGCAUGCACAUAUGGAAAUCUGUCCAUUGGAGAACAUUCUACUAAACUACAAUCUCUGUGCACAGCAUGAUAGUUAGCAUUGUUGAAGUCUUAUAAAUUUAAUGCUUCGUUACAGUAUAUUUUUCUUUGAAUGAUCCACAAUCUCAAUCACCCUAUGCUUUGCAGUAGGAUUAGCGAUUAGGCUUUCCAAUAAUACCUUGUACUCCUUGCUCUUGCUUGGCAAAUUUUCAUGUAUAGUAUAUGCUAAUGCUUUUGAAUUUCUGUCCC